UUCAAGAUGGACUCCCUGCUGCGUAACUAUGCGGACUCGGAUCAAUCGCAGGAAAUGGAGACCAAGCGGGAACAGACCGCGUCACCGACCGGUUCAUCGUCCUCGGAAUCGUCGCCCAGCGAACGGAAACCACCGGUGCACCGCAAGCCGCCGCACCGCCCCGAUGAAGGUCACAGCAAGCGCAAAAAGGAUGAAACUCCACCACCAGCCAAACGGACGACGAAACCGCGGAAGGUGCCCAAAAAGAAAUCUUCCUCCUCCUCGUCAUCGGAGCAAGAGCAGCAGCGCGGUUCGAGCGACAGUUCUUCGUCCUCGUCCGAUUCAGACUCGGCGGGUGGCUCAAAGUCUAGAUCCCGCAGUCCCGCGGUGAAGGCCAGUCGCAACGGAGCGAACGCUAGAAACCGACCGACAAACAGUAGCGACAAAGCUGGCAAAGCCAGCCGCAAGUCACGGACGCCACCACCAAAUCAAAGCCGCCGAGAGACUGCUGGCGAUGGUGGCCACCGAAAUAAGAGCCCAGCGAAGACACAGCAUGACCGGAAACGAGUGUCACCUCCGCCGAAAGGCGGACAGUCGGACAGUCGUCGGCGCGAUCGCAGCAAGUCCCGCGAACGCGAUCGUAAAUCGACCCGUGAUCAGCGAGAUCAGCGAGAUCGUGAACGGAAUAGAAAUCGCGAACGAGAGCGUGAUCGUGAGAGGGAACGCGAUCGCAAUCGCGGGGAUAAGGAUCGAUCCCGCCAGCGCCACGACGAGCGCGAUCGGGACCACCGGAACCGUCGUGAUUCUGCAAACCGCGGCAAAUGGAAUAAUCGUGCGGAGGGCCGCGGAAAAGAUAGUCGCAGUUACGAUCGCAAGCAGGACGAUCGCCGAGACCGGCGUAGCAGUGACCACGACAAGGAUCGACGCCGAAGUCGCCGUUCGAAUUCCCGUGAUUCACGCAACACCCGUCGGCGCCCGUCACCGCCGGAUGAGCGAGGCUCGCGAGGAUCUCGCAGCCGUAGCUCACGAUCGCGCUCACGAUCUCACUCACCGCCGCCGUCGGUGGGUCGCACUCCGGUUCUGCCGGUGCCAACCAAAGGUGCCGGUUUACUGCCGACACCUCCAACCCGGUUCUUCAACGAUCCGAUGCUACCAAAACCACCGACCUCGUCGUUACUCCCGACCCCGCCCGUACCGCAAGCCCUGCUUGCAGCGGCCAGUGCCAGCUCGACGGUCGGCAUCCCGGCCCUCAUGAGCAUCCCUACGAAUCCGCCCAUGUUAAGCUCGCUGAUUCCGCCGGCCGUUGUGGCCGUUAAGCUGAAUCUCCCCCCCGGCGAAACGAAUCCGGUGCUGCCGCCACUACCGCUCGUCGUCAGCCCACUCGAAGCGGCCGCCAACAAUGCGGCGGCCACUAGCGCGGCCCUACUGUCACGUACCGCGCUGCUUCGCAACACCGCCAAAGCGGCCCAGCUCGAGAAGAUGGGUAUCGAUGUGCUGCAGCAGAGCCAAAAAGCGGUGGACAAUGUGCCACUGCCGUCGUACUACAAUCCGGGCGUCGUGAACCCGGUCCGGUACGCCGAUCAGGUGCAGAAACGGAAGCUGCUGUGGAGUCACAAGACGAACGAAAGCAAGGAAGUUUCGUCCAACAUCAGCAAGUGGGAACAGGCCAAGUUUGCGCAGGACACGGACGGGAAGGUUGCGUCCAAGUUCCUGCGCCUGAUGGGUGUGAAGGAGCCAAAGGCGGGCGAAGAAGGUGCCGGUGGCUCACCCUACGCGGGAUCUCAAUCGGUGCACGGUACUGCUGCUGCUGCGACCGUUGUUGACGCUAGCGGCCACGCUCCUGCGGCUGCUGCUGCCAGUGGUGGUAACCACAGCGGUGCCGGUAGCGGAAGCCACGCGAUCGCGGGCAAACCACCGACCGGUGAUAGUAUUAAAAAGCAGGAGGAACUGUUCUCCACCAUGGAACAACAGUACGAGGUGGCCCGGCAGGUCACGCACACGAUGCGAGGCGUCGGGCUCGGAUUCAGCUCGCAGGCACGUCAAUUUUAAACGCCAUCCACACGCGCGUUGUUGUUCUGAAUUAGAGUUAGCGCGGAACAAUGCAACCAUUAACAGAGUUACUUCAAAGAGUGUCACAGUGUGUGUGC